GGCCGGGCCAGGCUGGGGCCGCUGCUCGGUCUGGCACCGGGGCCGCUGCCGCUCGGUCUGGCACCGGGGCCGCUGCCGCUCGGUCUGGUACCGGAGUCGCUGCCGCUCGGUCUGGUACCGGAGCCGCGGCCGCCCCGCCGCGCCCCAUGGCGGCCUCCGCGCAGCCCUCGGUGCCGCCGGCGCUGAGCGCGGAGCAGGCGAAGGCGGUGCUGGCGGAGGUGAUCAAGGCGUUCGGGGCGCCCGAGAACGCGCAGCGCAUGGAGGAGGCUCGGGACAACGCCUGCAACGACAUGGGCAAGAUGCUGCAGUUCCUCCUGCCCGUGGCCACCCAGAUCCAGCAGGACGUGAUCAAGGCCUACGGGUUCAGCAGCGACGGCGAAGGCGUCCUGAAGUUCGCCCGGCUCAUCAAGUCCUACGAGUCGCAGGACCCGGAGAUCGCCAGCAUGGCCGGCAAGCUCAAGGCCAUGUUCCUGCCGCCCAUGACGCUGCCGCCGCACGGGGCCGGCACUGGCGGAGUUGCUGCGUCCUGAGCCCGCGGAGUUCUCCCGGUGCUCCGGCUGGUGCCCUCCUUCCAAGGUGCAGGUCCUGUCAGCCCUGGGAAUGGGGCGCUUGAACAAGGGAGACGCGGCCCUGGAAGGAAUGGGAUGCUUCGUGCCUGCUCGUGUGUCUGCUCGUGAAUAAAACGUGUGUUGAAAGUG